CCUCCAGAAACCCACGCGACGCGACCGACCACCAUGGCCGCCUCCGCGCUCCUCCUCUCGCCGCGGCUCGUGUCUUUCCCGCCUCACCCGAGCCUCGCCCCACUCUUCACCAAGAGACCACCGCCCUACCCCCUCGGCGGCGCCGGCGCGAGGCUCCGGGCCGUCGGGGACGGGCCCGGCGCGGGGCUGCCACCCGAGCAGGCCACGGUCUACGACGGCGCCUACGGUCCCUGGACCCUGGAGGACUCCGACGUGCGCGAGGUCCUGCUGUACCGGUCGGGGCUGGUGACGGCUGCGGCGUCCUUCGUGGCGGCGUCCUCCGCGGCGUUCCUGCCGGAAGGGAACCCCGCCGCCUCCGCCGUCACCGGCGCCGCCGACCUCCUGUACGCCGCCGGCGCCGCGGGGCUGGGGCUGUCGCUGGUCCUCAUCCACAUCUACGUCACCCCGAUAAAGCGCUUCCUCCAGGCGCUGUGGGCGGCCGGGGCGCUCGGCUCCGUCGGGACCUACCUCGUCGCCGCCCGCCCGCUGGAUGAGGGCCUCGUGCAGUACGUGCUGGACCACCCCGCCGCGCUGUGGUUCGUCGGCCCCACGUUCGCCGCGCUCACUGGCCUCGUCUUCAAGGAAGGUCUCUGCUAUGGGAAACUGGAAGCUGGCAUCUUGACGUUUCUUAUCCCUGGGCUUCUUCUUGGGCAUUUGUCUGGUUUAAUGGAUAACAGCACAAAGGCAGGUCUUUUAGGACUGUGGAUGCUUCUUUUCACAAUCUUCGCCGCUAGAAAAUUCCAGCAGCCCAUCAAGGAUGACGUCGGAGACAAAUCUGUUUUCAUGUUCAACGCUCUCCCUGAAGAGGAAAAGAAGGCUUGGAUCCAGAAACUCGAGAGGCAAAAGGGGCAAGAGUUGUUUGAGUAGAAAAGAGUAGCUUGUCUUGGUGCAGCCAAUAGUUCGUCCGUGAAUGUUUGUAGCUCAUGUAUAUGAUUAUGGCUCCAGAAAUUUGACAAAUACACCCAAAGACAUGAAGACGAGAACACGUUCCAAUAGAGAUGUAAUUACAAAUCUGUUAGAUCACAGGUAAGAUGUAACUAAAUAAAGCAGUUUUGUUGUU